UCUAGCAUGCAGGUAUAUAUACAGAGCACUCAUACAUAAAAUAUAAAUAAUUAAAAAAUAACAGGAGAGUGCUAGGGAGGCAUUUCAUUGGUAGAGGGUUCACCUUACACUAGGCCCUAAGUUCAAUACCUACCAAGGAGGCGGGAGGGUUAAGGCAUCCUUUGGGGGGGGGGGGACUGGCUUAGUCCAGGAUGAAUUACUAUCUCCAGUCGAAAGUAAUGUUUGUCCUGUUUGGGAAAGAGGCAUGAGACACCUCAGAAAACUUGACCAGUGAGGAAACAGCAGACACUGUGAGAACAGGGUGCCUGUGGAGUCAGAACCAGGCAUGCUGCCUGCCAGACCUCAAUUUCCUCAACCAUUCAGUGAUGAUACCAAUGGCCCUGUCUGCUAUCCCCUUAAUCCUCUGUGACAGGGAUUGUUUGGUGUGAAAGACAUGAUUUUUAUGGGCCAAGUUCAGGCAGCUUAAGUGUGGUAGUACCCAGUCUUCUCACUUUGAAAAGCCCCUUCAGGGUGUUGUGAGAUCUCUGGGAGCAGGACAGAGCCAGACAGCCCAGACUCCGUGUUCUCUGCCUUAUCUCCUGCAGCUGCCUCUGGGAACUGAAGGAUUGCCAGGCGACCUUGCUCCUAGAACCUCCAUAGGCACCAAAGGAACCAGGCCCAGCCACUCAAGACCAUGGUUGGGCUUCAGCCUUCAGAAGUGCCUCCGACAACAGUUGUGAAGUUCCUAGGGGCUGGCAUGGCAGCCUGUUUUGCUGACCUCCUCACCUUCCCCCUGGACACUGCCAAGGUCCGCCUGCAGAUCCAGGGGGAGAACCCAGGGGCGCAGAGUGUACAGUACCGCGGCGUGCUGGGUACCAUCCUGACCAUGGUGCGCACUGAGGGUCCCAGGAGCCCCUACAGCGGGUUGGUUGCUGGCCUGCAUCGUCAGAUGAGCUUUGCCUCCAUUCGAAUUGGCCUCUACGACUCUGUCAAACAGUUCUACACUCCCAAAGGAGAGGACCACUCCAGCAUCGCCAUCAGGAUUUUAGCAGGCUGCACCACGGGAGCCAUGGCUGUGACCUGUGCCCAGCCCACAGAUGUGGUGAAGGUCCGAUUUCAAGCCAUGAUACGCCUGGGAACUGGAGGCGAGAGGAAAUACAGAGGGACUAUGGAUGCCUACAGAACCAUUGCCAGAGAGGAAGGAGUCAGGGGCCUGUGGAAAGGGACUUGGCCCAACAUCACAAGAAACGCCAUUGUCAACUGUGCUGAGAUGGUGACCUAUGAUAUCAUCAAGGAGAAGCUGCUGGACUCUUACCUGUUCACUGACAACUUCCCUUGUCACUUUGUCUCCGCCUUUGGAGCUGGCUUUUGUGCCACAGUGGUGGCCUCCCCAGUGGAUGUGGUAAAGACCAGAUACAUGAAUGCUCCCCCAGGCAGGUACCACAGCCCGCUACACUGUAUGCUGAAGAUGGUGGCGCAGGAGGGCCCCACAGCCUUCUACAAAGGAUUUAUGCCCUCCUUUCUGCGUUUGGGAGCCUGGAAUGUGAUGAUGUUUGUAACCUACGAGCAGCUGAAACGGGCCUUGAUGAAAGUUCAGGUAUUGCGAGAAUCUCCAUUUUGAACAAGGCAAGUGGGCCACUUGUUGCUUUCCUCAUCAGAGGCUACCUAGAAUAGAAUCAAACCGCAGCUCUCUGCCUGGUGGGCCCAGCAAACUCAGGGGAUCCUGGCCCACAAACAACUCUGUGCUCCUUGCUGACUUGAGAAACUGAACUAAAAGAGGAGGCAAGUUUCAGCCUUCCGUGUUUUUGUUUUUCACUGACCUGAUGGGAAUUAAAUUAUAUUAAUUUUUAGAACCCUUCCGGUUUGAUGCCUAACAUUUAGGCAAGAGAAAACAACAUCAGAUUCCUUUGGACAAAAGGAGAUUUGCCGGGGGCUGGAGA